CUCUGUUCUGGUGAUUUUCUUCUUUUCUCUUUAUUAAUUUUUCUGAUCUUUUUCACUUUCUUUUUUCUUGUUUUCCUCUGUUUCUUCUCUGACUUUGCUUCCUUCUUUUCUUCCGCUAUUCUUGCGUUUUCUUUCUUCUUCUUCGCCAUUUUUCUGUUUUGAUGGAGGGGAGUCCUUCAAAAUCUGCUGUUAUGGCUCCAGUUGCUCGGGAUAUUGCCAAGAUGGGGGUGGAUCCCAUUGUCAAAGGUGAUCUUAUCAUCUUAGAAAUUUCUCCUACUACUGUCGAGGACAUGACAAUUUCUCUUUCUGUUGUUGCCAGUUUUUCCCGUUCUUGCCUUUGUUGCGCCUUCAGGAACGCUGCAUCCAAGAACAACACCACAUUCAUCGCCUCAAUCCUUCUAACUACGGCUCCUCCAAACCCUCCCCCAAUUCCAACUGCUGAGAUCGUGAAAGGAGGCGAGAUAAGGAACACUGCUCGGAAUGCUACAACUGCCAGCAUGAGGAGGAAGCCAAGGAGCGUGAGUGUUCGUGGUUGGAGAAAUUGGCGGAUCGAGAUCGGAGCAGAGAAAGCUUGCUGCCAAGAAUGUGAGAGAGAUGCUAGAGGAAAUUCGCAGAAAAAGGGCAUUGAAUUAAAAUCAGAAGUUGCUGCUGCACAGAGGCUUCGGGAGGAAGCUGCUGAUAUUUGGAGUAGUUUUGCGAAUGCGGAGGUUCUCAAGGUUUAUGAUGCUGGUUCCCAUUAUCCAUCUAUUUUCCGCAACUCAUUGGUACUUUGGAUUUCCGCUGCUUGCAUGCUAAGGUUGAUCUUAUUUAGAUACGAGGGAAAAGCAAAGUUUCUUGUGGUGAAGCUAUCCUUAUACCUCAAUGGGGAUCUGUGUUUUAAUGACUGGUUAGCAUUUGCCAUGUCCCUUGCUCGGGUAUGAUUUUGCCCUCCAAUUGGUUGCUACUAGUUUACAUUUGCAAAAAAUCUCUUAUAUUCUGAGAUUUGCAUUAACCUUUGUAGUGUCACUUGCGUAGCUUUUGCCUGGUUAUUUAUGUACACUCAAACUUGCUCGCAGCUUUCGUUUGCGUAACUUUUGCUUGGGUAUUUAUGUACACCCAAACUAAAUACCACCCAAACUUGCUCGCAGCUUUUAGUUUGCGUAACUUUUGCCUGAGUAUUUAUGUACACCCAAACUUGCUUGCAGCUUUUGCCUGCGUAACUUUUGCCUGAGAAUUUAUGUACACCCAAACUUGCUCGCAGCUUUUGCUUACGUAACUUUUGCUUGGGUAUUUUUGUAUACCCAAACUUGCUCGCAGCUUUUGUUUGCGUAACUUUUGCUUGUAUAACUUUUGCUUGGGUAUUUAUGUACACCCAAACUUAUAUGAUGAUGAAGGAUAUGAAAGCAAUAUUAUUUAAGUUUUUAUUUUUAUUUUUUCACUGGUUUGUAGUUCUAAACUGGUAAACAAGCAAUAUGAUGAUGAAGGAUACGAAAGCAAAUGGACACCUGUAAUUUUGAUGUCAAGGCUAGUGUCCUCAUGCCUUGCUAGAUGGUAUCGUAAAUUGAAUAAAAGCUACAUGUCAUCAACUGGAGCAGACAUAAGACCAUUUAUCUGCCCCACAGAAAGUCCUAGUUCUUUUACUCUGUUAAUAUGGGUGUAUUUCUAAUCUCAUAUGUCAUAUUGUAUGCUUAAAAUAGUUGUAACAAGUUACUGGUUUCAAUUGUCAUGUCUCUUUUACUUAUUAAAAUUUUUAGUCUUGA